AUGGAGGUGGUUAAGACUUCACUUACCAAUUUUUCCAAGGAAUGGGUCGUUGAACCCUACGCGCGGCUGAAGUGGGGUUUCAUCCCAGUGAGAAGAAUCGUGGAUGAGAACGAGGUCGAGAGCGAAGAGGAGCACAGCGAGCAGGUGGUGGAGGAAGCCUUUUCGGACAAACAGGUGUCGGACGACAGGAAAACGGAGCUAGAGGUGGAACAAAAAAGCUCUGUGUCAAACUCCGGCGGCGCCGGGGAAAUGGAGUACCGUGACGAGGCGAACCGCAAGUGGUGGUCGUUCUUCAACGAGCAGGAGUACCGGAUGCCCCAGAAGCGCGCCAACAGCGCCAAGUGGUGGCAGUGGUUCGGGUCGGACGUGCCCGCGCAGGAGAAGAAGCUGCUGCUGAAGCUCGACAUCCUGCUGGCGUUCUACUCGUGCAUGGCGUACUGGGUCAAGUACCUCGACACCGCGAACCUGAACAACGCGUACGUUUCGGGGCUCAAAGAAGAGCUGAACUUUAAGGGCAACGAGCUGGUGGAGACACAGGCGAUGUACACUGUAGGCAACAUUGUGUUCCAGCUGCCCUUCAUUUUCUUCCUCGACAAGGUGCCUCUGAACUAUGUUCUGCCCGCGCUCGAUCUUUGCUGGUCGAUCCUGACAAUCGGCGCGUCCCAGGUGGACUCUGUGCCACACUUGAAGGCCAUUCGUUUCUUCAUCGGUGUUUUCGAGGCGCCCUCAUACCUGGCGUACCAGUACCUGUUCGGUAGUUUCUACAAGCACGACGAGAUGGUGCGCCGCUCCGCGUUCUACUAUCUGGGUCAAUACGCGGGUAUCCUUUCUGCCAGUGGUAUCCAGUCUGCUAUCUACGCGGCUAUGGAUGGAAAGCACGGGCUAUCAGGCUGGAGAUGGAACUUCAUCGUUGACGGCCUCAUCUCCGUGGUCGUUGGCCUCAUCGGCUUUUACUCGCUGCCUGGAGACCCUCACAACUGCUACUCCAUCUUUCUGACCGAUGACGAGAUUAGGCUGGCGCGCAAGCGUCUGCGCGAAAACAACACCGACAAAUCCGACUUUUCCUCCAAGGUCUUGGACAAGGCUGUCUGGAAGAGAAUCUUCACUAACUGGAGAAUAUACGUUUUGACUCUGUGGAACAUUUUCUGCUGGAACAACAACAAUGGUACUUCGGGAGCCUACCUACUGUGGGUUAAGUCGCUCAAGAAGUACUCGGUCGCGAAGGUCAACCAGCUUGGUAUGAUCACCCCUGCCCUUGGUAUGGUUUACCUGUUUGGCACGGGUGUGUUCGCUGAUAAACUCCACAGUAGAUGGGGCGCCAUUAUAGUGACCCAAAUCUUCAACUUUAUCGGCAACGUAAUUUUGGCGGUCUGGGCUGUGCCUGAAAGCGCCAAAUGGUUUGCGUUCAUGCUGCAGUACUUUGGCUGGGCCAUGGCUCCCGUCCUGUAUUCUUGGCAGAACGAUAUCUGCCGCCGUGAUUCGCAGGCGAGAGCUAUUACUUUGGUGGUUAUGAACAUGCUUGCUCAGACUACAACCGCCUUUAUGUCGGUCCUGGUGUGGAAGACUACCGAGGCUCCAAGAUAUUUGAAAGGUUACACAUGGACCGCAGUCUGCGCCUUCUGUCUAUCUGCGUGGACCAUCCUUGUGUUGUGGCUUUACAAGCGUGAUGAAAAACAGCACGCUGAGGAGAACGGGAUAAUUAUUUACAAUUCAAAGACAGGCGAGAACUACCCACCUGAGAAGCAGAACGCUUAG